UAAUUCAUUCAAUUUAUGAUUAAUUCCAACAGUAUUGUAUUUAUUUAUAUGAUACGUUAAAAAAAUUAGUAGUUUAAUUAUUUAAAAUGCAACAUCAGUAUUGGGUAACUAAGAAAAGUGUUCUUCGAAAAUUAGGAGGUAAAGAAGACGAAUGUAUUGUUGCUUCAGAUGCCGAAUUAGAUGCGAAAUUAGAACUAUUUAAAUCUAUAAAUGAAAGUUGUAAUCAUUUGCAACGAGUAAUAGAUUUAUAUCAAGAAAGGUUAUGCUAUCUAGCACAAGAAGAAAAUGCAUUAGGUAGAUAUUUGAAAGAAUGUGGAAAACAUGAGAAAAAUUCAUGUGCCGGACAAAUAAUGUCGACAUCUGGAAAAGCAUUAGCUUAUACUGGCCAUCAGAGGUUAACAGUUCGGCCUCCUUUAGUUAGAUUACAUCAUGAAGUUGAAACAUUUAGAGGGAGAGCUGUAACAGAUACGAGAACAACUGUUGCUGAAAUGGAGAAGGCGAGAACUGAAUAUCGCGCUGCACUUAGUUGGAUGAAGUCAGUUUCUUCACAGUUGGAUCCAGAUACAGGACAUGGUUUAGAACGAUUUAGGAAAGCCCAGUCAUAUGUAAAAACAACUAAAAUGAAAUUUGAUCGUUUAACAUUAGCAUGUCUACAAAAAGUUGAUUUAUUAGCAGCUGCACGAUGUAAUAUGUUUUCUCAUGCUUUAGUACCGUACCAAAGCGCCAUUGAAACAUUUUCUACUAAAGCAGGAGAAACUUUGCUUGUGGCUGCUGAAAAAUUAGAUGAAGCUCAACCUUAUGAAUUUAAUGCAGUUACUGAAUUAGCAACAUCUUUAGACGUUGAUAAAGAUAAAACCACUUUUUUCAAUGCAGAAUAUACUGAUAAUGUAGCAUCGAAGGACACGGAAUCUGAUCAGUCUGUUGCUUCAAGAAUUCCUGAACCAGAAAGUUUAGAAACUGUAGAUCUGUUGGGCGAAAACUUUAGUUUGACAGAAAAUAAACAAGAGACAUCAAAACUAGAAGAUACAAAACCAAGUUCGGCAUUGCUUGAUCUUAACUGGAGUGCAAAUUCAGAAUUCCUUGGAAGUGAAUUUAUGCCUUCAAAAUUAAUGCAAGAGGAUUCUUUUAAUUUCACGGAUUCUAAGAAUAAAGGUGACGAUGGAAAAUCCAAUGGACAAAUCGAAAACGCAAUGAAAACUGAGAAGUUAAACAGCACUCACGUUUCAUGGUUGAGUUUAUUUGCUGAAUUAGAUCCUCUUGCUAAUCCAUCUACUGAAAAUAAUAUAGAUGGAGAUAGAGUAUAAUAUACAAUUACAGCUAUUGUAAAACAUGCACUUAAUCUCACGUAUUGGUUAUGAAAUAACUAUCCUUAUCAGAUGUAUAUACCAAAGAUUUAUAUAUAAUUUUUUGCUAGUCAUUCCAUCAUUUUGUCACUGUCUAAAUAACAAAAAAUAAUUUGUGUUUUAGUGUUAUUUUUAUUUAAUCAUUAAUAUAAAUAUGAAUAGAUUUUUACAGUACAUUCUGAUGUAAUAGCUUUUUGUGGUAUUCGUUAUUUUUAAGAUUCAUUAAUAUACACAUUAUUAAAAUACUUUGUGUAUUAUAUCAAAGAUGACAAGUAUUUAGAACAGUGUGUGUGGUAUUGCUCGAACUGCAGCGUUUAUGCUAAAAACUGAAAUUAAGAAAAAUAAAAAGGUAAACACAUAUUCGGCAAGUAAGGACAACAGAAAUUAUUAUAAAUUCAAAUUACUUAUUCCAACAUUAUACAGGGUGUCCGCAAAUUUCACCGACGUUUGUCUGU